AUGUCGUAUCCUAUAGCUAAAAUCAAGACUAGAGAGUUGGACGAUCGAGUCUCCAGAGCGGCCAAAGAUGGUCUAUUGGAGGUGUUACGUGAGGCGACCCGCAAGGAAUGCAACAACAAGGAUGAAUCUGGUAUGACACCAACUCUCUGGGCUGCCUUCGAAGGUCACAUAGAAGCGCUACGACUACUCUGUGGUCGAGGUGGUGAACCGGACAAAGCCGACUUCUUCGGUAACACGGCCCUCCAUCUGGCUGCUGCGAGAGGGCAUAAAGAAUGCGUCACGUUCCUCAUCAACUUUGGGGCGAAUGUUUACGCCAUGGACGUGGACGGACACACGGCUCAGGAGCUAGCAGCGAUCAACGGACGUGACGACAUACUCCGGUACCUGGACCAGACCACCGCCAAAUUGGAGAAUAAUGAUAAAAAAAAGACAAAGAGCCUCAAAGAAAAAGCAAAGAAAGAUUACGAGAAGUCCACAAAACAAUACCAUAAGCGACAAAGCAAAGCGGACUUAAUGGCUGAGAAAGAGUUCAAGAAACUGGCCAAGGAAUGGGAGCAAGGAUACAACGAGGAGAUAUCCACCAUGCCGCAUAGACCCAGCAACGUGUUGUUCGCGCUCAAACAGAAGAUGACGAGGUCUUCUAGCCAAGGUAAUCUAUUGACUGAUGAUCAGCCGAGGCCGACGUAUAGCGCUUUGGUGGGCACCGUCAACUCUGGCGUGAGAGGACGCGGCGCUGUCUACAAGAAAGCUUUAGCCAGCAAACUCAAGAGUGGAACCGUCGGCAGAGCUGGACCCACCGAUGACUUCAAGGUGGGUGAGGUGGAGGCGACUGGCAGACGUUCUGUGACGUCACUGAGCGGCGUGCGGCGCGACUCGGAGGUGAUGUACGUGGGCACGUUCGGCGCCGGGCCGCAGCAGCGGGCCGCCGUCGCGGACGUGUUCGCAGAGACACAGGACACGAGAAACAAACCGGCACUCACCAGAUCAGCAAGUCAACCGGACUUCACUGCGGCAGCAGCGGGAGAGGACAGCGGUAUCGGACAAGAAGUACUGCUGCAGGAGCCGGCUAGUAUAUUUGACAGGCCAGGUUUCGGUAGCGUCGCUUUCAGACGGUCCAUAACGGCGACCCUGAGCGGUCUACCGGUUGUAGCGGCUGGUGAAGACCUGUCCAUUGGUUCAGCGGGCUCGCUCGCUGCUAGACACGCGUACCAGCCAGCAGAAUGGAACUCGGUACAUUCAGAAAGCUCAACUAUCACAUCUGACGAGGAAGCCGAAACUGAAGAGACAGGAUUCUCUUCCCUCGAACGUUUCCUAACAGCUUGGGGCUUAGGUCAAUAUGUUCAGAAAUUCAAAGACGAACAGAUAGACUUGGACGCGCUCAUGCUGCUCACCGAGAGCGAUAUGAAGACUCUUGGCUUACCACUAGGACCGUACAGGAAACUGGUCACUGCUGUCCAGGAGAGGAAACAGGCAUUAUCACAUCCAGGACCUAUUAUAGAUACCGCUAUAUAAUCUUUUAUUGUACUCUGAUCGAUAUUUGAUAUUUCAUUAACUGUUUUGUCUUCUGUACUACUCUUAUUUACACAUUUUUGUAUUAUAAAGCAUGUUAUAUUGAAAAUGAGCUAUAUUUUAA